UGCCCUGGCCACCUUCUCCUCCUCGGGAACAAGGGUAACCUCGCAUCCCACGCCAAGAUGUCCUGCUACGACCUGUGCCCACCCAGGAGCAGCGCUGAGCUGUGCCCACCCAGGAGCAGCGUGGCUGUGCCCCAGCCCAUCGCUGAGAGCUGCAACGAGCUGUGCGCCCGCCAGUGCCCCGACUCGUCUGCCUUCAUCCAGCCCCCGCCCGUGGUGGUCACCUUCCCCGGCCCCAUCCUCAGCUCCUUCCCCCAGCAGGCCGUGGUGGGCUCCUCCGGAGCACCGGCCUUUGCCGGCUCCCUGGGGCUGGGCGGCCUCUACGGCGCCGGCGCCACCCAGGCCUCGGGGGGCCUCUGCACCUUUGGCAGAGCCUACGCUGCUCCCGCCUGCAGCCCUUGCGCCCUGCCCCGCUACAGCAAGAAGCUCUGGGACACCUGCGGGCCCUGCUAG